AUGGCAAAGAGUAAACGAGCGUAUUAUUCCUGUGUCAUAAAGGAGGGAUACAAUUACACGAGAAUUAGUACCGGUUCUCAUCUCCAAAGUCACACAGCAAAGUUUUGCCAUCUGGCUAUACACAGAUACUUGUAUAGGCUUACACAUCGCUCUGUAAACGAUGCGGCUGGCUGGGUUUACAGUCCUGGUGGUGAGCUGGAAUGGAGUUACGGAGGAGGAUCUGGUGUGGAGCUUCAUAUUGAGGGAGAUUUUUUCAUCGAUGGGGGUGGCCUCCCAGGCAAGCAGUACAAAGUAGCUCAACUACACUAUCACUGGGGUAACCCUAAUGCACUUGGAUCUGAACAUGCCAUAAACGGACGGAAAUAUGAUGCUGAGAUGCAUCUUGUGACAUAUGACACCAACUACACGUCCUUGAAGGAAGCUAAAACCCACACUGAUGGUGUUGCGGUAUUUGCGGCUAUGGUUCAGGUUGGACUCAAGCCAAACUUCGAUGGAUCCUCGUUCGAUGAAUUUAUAAGUGGGAUACAGAGCCUAGGCUCUAAAGAUGGAUGUAUUCUACCACCUCUAUGGCAACGAAGUAAACGACUUCACAAAGAUUAAACUGAUGGACAACUAUCGUCCGUUCCAAGAAGUAAACGGUCGGGAAAUCUUACAUUCUCAUCGUAAUAAUUGGUGAAUACAAUGAAUAAACACGAAUGGCUGAUAUCGAGAGAGUUGACCUUUUAUUCUCUAAUUGCAAUAACCAUCAAGAGGUAAUGGGGUUAUUAAGAAAUAUUCCUUUACAAUUGAGGUGACAGGAUUCCAGUUAUGUUACACUUAAGAAAAUUUUAAUGGGGCUAAUAAGAAAUAUUCUUGUACAAAUGAGCUGAUGUGAUUCCACUUAUGUUACACUUACGAAAAUCUUAAUUUAAAACAACAGCUUGCAAAAGGACGUAAAACAAGAUGAAAUUAAUUAAAGUAGGCCCUACAUUUGGCAAGUUACAAAGCGUCAUAACGAGCUUUUAGCUGAUUUUCUAAAGUGCCAUUAAUGUAAAAUUAAAUGCAACCAAUGUUUUUUAACAUCUUGAAAAUAUUUACAAAGGUAAUUUCUGCCCUUGGAAAUACCCCAAAAUUUGAUCUACGUCGUUUUCCCUCGAUUGAUCAUUUAGAAUUCGUAAGUAAAAGUUAUAAUUGAAGAUUGUUCAAAGGCAGGGAUUAAUUAUUUGCCAUUUGUCACAAUUUCAAGAGAAACCUUCGGUAAAUUUGAAAUAAAAGGAACACAUUAUUUAUAUUGUACUCUUCAUCAUUAAUUGUAAAGGAAACGGCACAAAUGUAAAAGAAAGAUUAAACGAAUGGCAUUUUGCAUUUGAGCAUGCGUUAAUAUUUUAUCUCAAUUUACUGUUUCAAUAAAUAUAGAUUAAUAUGACGAAAUUCGUCUGUAAAAUGCACAUCCACCCUGGUGUACCAAUAUUUUGUUCAAAGAUUACCCAUACAAUGUUCCAAAGCAAGCGAUUCAUAACCUACCGUCCGUUUCCAAAACGCUUUUAAAUGAGUAUUUGGUUAGAAUUGGAGUAAACAAUCAACGAACAACUCAGUACCAGUUUGAAAUGCUAAUUACUCGUUCACCAUAACUUGCGCAGCACUGUAACUUCAAGUUGGAACUUACAGGUGUGAAUCUUUAACGCACGUAUGUUUCGACAAAGUUUGCCAAAUUUAGAAUUUGGUUGACCACUUUGGUUUGGGCGAGAUGCAAGCUCUUGCUGGUAAAUACAGUUUUAAUGAGCUCUGAUUUCGAAAUGAAACAUGAUUGAGAUAUCAAGUCUAUCAGCUUAUUUCACAGACAUCAAUGGGGGGAUUUUUAUGAGUAAAAACGCAGUAGCUGAUACAAGUCAGAGUUGUUGACUAAAGUCGUGUGACUUGGACUCGAGUCUGACUCGAGUCGCUAUUUUAGUUGUACUUGUGAGUUGACUUGUAAAUACCAGCUUUGAUUUAUUGUCACAUUUAAACUGUUUUUUUUCCUCUUUUUUAUCGAAUGAUUUGUGUAUGCUGUUUUACAAGUAAAGAAAGUUUCCCGUAAAAACCAGUCUCUCGGUGUGUUUUAUUUCCCUUACUCUCGUUGGUAAACAGUUUAAGCCUAAUGAAUAUUAAAUUAAGUGUAUCUUGAUUUCA